AUGAAUCAAACCGGAAUUCGGGAUGCUGUGCGUCUCAUGGCGCAGCCAUCGGCUCCUCACGGAGCGCCCCGACCGCUGCAGGUGCUGUCAUUUAUCAUCUUUAUCUGCUAUAUUGCAUCUUCAGCUUCCGCAUUCAUGAUGGCACCACUCCUAGAAUUUCUGCUGGCACUGUCUUUUUUUGCCUAUGCCUCUAAACUUAAUGAGAAGUUUAAAGGACUCUACUGGCCUUUGACAGAUUUCCUGCGCUGUGUCACUGCUGCUGUUAUUUACUUUGCCAUUUCAAUCGCUGCUGUCUCAAAAUACAGUGAUGGAGCAUCCAAAGCAGCAGGAGUGUUUGGAUUUAUAGCCACAAUAGUGUAUGCUAUCGAUUUCUACAUAACAUUCAAUGACCUGGUAACUUUUCUCAAGCAAGGCAGUUCUGAGUCCCCUGAAAGGCGCAAGUCAGAAGAUGAAGACUCCAAUUCUGACUCAGACUGAAAAAACAAACACCAGCCGAGUGUGAAGGGAAGAUAAUCAAGCACUUUCCUCUCUGCUGAACGCACUGCCAAUUGAAACAUCUCUCUUACUUCAGCCUCAAUAUCCUCUUUCCACUUCAAUGUUUAUGGAAUCACCAAAGCAUAAGGCAGUGAUGUGGUGAAGGAGACCAUUCCCAAUACCAUUAAACACUUUCAGAAAUAAGGAUUUACAAUACAGAACUAAGGUUUCUACAGAUUUCAACCUCCUAGAGGUCUGCAUCCAAACAACUCUUUGUUGUUCAGCAUGCAAUGUGCUGAGUAAAUGGGAACACAGUAUUUUAAACUUAUAGCAGAGCUUUUAACAUGCUUCCUUAAUUCCAAGUCUUUAACACUUACUUAUAGCUUUAAUACUUCUUGCUGUGCCAAAGAAAAGAGGCCCAGAAUGCCUCUAUUUCACUUAUAUUUUUCUUGAUUAACUAACAACAUUCAUCUCAUGUCUGAGCAUUCCACUAUCUCAACCACAUCAAGGCAUAAAUUACAUUUGGUUUCAGUACAUCAAUAUCUACUGCCUAAACGUUGAUAACAAGUGACAACUGGAAAUGAGCAGCAAGCAUAAAUCUCAAAGUGUAACGGUGCCUCAUCAGACAUUAUCACUUUUUAAGCUGCCUGGAUGGGGUCACGCUCUCAUCUUCUGCAGUUUCACCACAGAUAUGUGGUAGAACAGAAGUGGAAUCUUACCAGCCUCUUCCUACCAUUUUUGUGGAAGCCCUUGUACAUAUGCGCUUGCAUGCAGGUAAGGAAGGCUUGCCAAAUACCACCCAGCCACACUGUGUGCCUAUGUGAGCUUGCACAUGUUUGCAUGCAAGGUAUCACUGUCUGAUCUCAUGUUCUGUCUUGCCAACAUUGGUCUUCCAAUGAGAAAUAGCGCUGUAGUUGCUCUGCUGGGUCCACAGAACAGAUGAUUGUAUUGGAAAAAAACUCAGGAUACCUGGACCUCCAGAGGGCAAUUUCCUUCCCACUGUGAAGAGGUAAAAAAGCCAACCUCCAAACUAAAGAACGUCUGCACAAAAUCCAUUUCCUCAGCCUUCACCCUUGUGAAAGGACAAGAAUUACUUUAAUAUUUUGGGGAAAAACCUGAAUUUACAAGAACAUGCUUUCAUGGAUAGCACAAUCUAACUUGCAAAUUGUGUGCCCACAUGUAAUCACAUAUCACUUGGAAACAGCAUGGCAUGCUUCUUAUAUAUGGCAUCGGGUCUGUUUCAAAGAAUACAUUAUAUUCUGUAUACAUUAAAAUAAUUAAUAUAGCAGAACAUGUUGCUUAAAAAAAAUAAGGUGAGAGCAGAUGGUACUAACAAUAAAUGAAAACAGAGCUAAAACAGCAAAAGCAGAUUUCAUUUGGAACAAAGUGAUGCUUGGGUUCCAAUUCCCUGCUGGCAGCUGGCUGCUAACAGGCAAAAGCACGGUACCUGGCAGUGAGCUGGUGCUUGGGAAGGUGCUGGCCAGAUUUGGAGAUGUCUACCAGGCAGCUUCUACAACUCCUGUUCUCAGACCACUGAAGGAAUAAAAGCAAACCAGAUGUUUGCUUCUAGAUGUGAUAAACAAUCUUUGCUUUUCUGAAAAGAGCUCGUUGGACCUUUUCUUGUUUGAAAUCCUCUAUUUCUUUCCACUCUGUUGUCAUGUUUUACUGACACUCACUGUGACAUCAGGGGAUCUGGGCUUUUUAUAUUCAACUGAUUUGUAUUUUUUUGUUUUGUUUUGUUUUUUAAGUGUACUGCAUGCCACAGCCAGAAACUAGUACAUGAUUAAUAUUUAGAAACCAUGCUGGAUUAAAUCUCUUUUAAUAGAAACACGGGG